AGGGCUGUGUUACAAUCCGUGCACAACUGUCAGCGACUUGGGUAACCUGACACUUUGGGCUGGGCACCCAAUACAGAUCUGGCUCAUCAGGAUCUCUACACUUGUACCUUGGGAUCCACAGGUUGCAGACAGGUCUCAGCCAUUGUUUGAGGAUUCUUUAGAACUCUGCUCUGGGACAGGAGAAGGCGGAAGCCAAAAGAGCGAGGGGGACCCGGACAAGGAGAAGACUUGGCAAAUCCAUCGAGGGAUCAUGGGAAUUCUUUACUCUGAGCCGAUCUGUCAGGCUGCCUAUGAGAAUAACUUGGAAGAGGUGCAGCUGCUCGUAGCCGAGGACCCCAAGAAUUUGAACGUAAAGGACAACUUUGGUGGGGACACGCCGCUCAUAUGCGCCUGCAGGAAGGGUCACGUGCAAGUGGCCAGUUACUUGAUCUCUGCGAGAGCCAACGUCAACCUCACAAAUAACAAAGAUCGCACGUGUUUGCACUACGCCGUCAGGAGGAGAUUCUCGUUCCUCGACUAUUUGCUCAUAAUCAUCUUAAUGCCUGUGCUGCUCGUGGGCUACAUAAUCAUGGUAUCGAAGACCAAGCAGAACGAGCGGCUGAUAAAGCUUCUGCUCCAGUCAGGGGUGUCGGUCAAUGCUGUGGAUAGUAAAGGGAACACAGCGCUACAUUACGCCUGCCUGUUGAAAAGCAAGUCUGUGGUUCCGCUUCUUCUGGAUGCCCAGGCUGAUCCCAACAUCAAGAAUAAGGACGGGGAGACCCCAAUUGAUAUCGCCGAGAGGCUCAAAUUUGCAAAAAUCUUACAGAUGCUCAAGAAAUCCUCCUAAAUCUGAGUAACACCCGCUGCCCUGGCACCCAAAGUCUCAGCAAAUGGUGGCGCCCCCUGCUGGCGGUUACACAGAAGUGGAGGGAGUCGGGGGAGGUAACCGUAACCAGUAUUUUAUAAUAUCGCAUCAAGACCAUAAUAUAUAAUAAUAUAUAAUCUGUGGCCCCACGGCAUCAAAAGGGCCCCUCAGGGAUGAAUGCUGGGAGUUGCAGGGCAUACAGGUUGGAUGGGGCCCCCAAAUCAUCUAUUGAGGCCCUGGUGCUCCCUAAACCACAAGCAUUUGUUCUUGUUCCUUAAUAUGGAACGGGGAGUCGUGUAGAGGAAUUGUGAUUGGUCGGUUCUGGAGAAUGUUACACGGCAACAGACAAGGUUUCUGCUUUAUUUAUAUAUUCACACGCUAACAAAGGCAGACGUUAUUGGCUCCGCCUUUUAUUGGCUUAAAUAAAACCUAUUUAUAAGAA